UAUGGGUCAUUACUGCUUACUCUCUCGUACUCAUCGAAAGGUAUGAAGUGACCCAAAUUAACCUCAGUUAGCAGCUCCUACGAAGUUAAAGUUUGCCCGGCUCUGCUUAAAACUGUUACAAAAAUACAAAAUCACUCAUUAUUAGUUUCUAUCAACAGCCCUGCAGGCUCCUUUGAGUCCUUGCUCCUGGGCCUCAGUGUUCGUCAAUUUGAUGGAGCCAAUUCUUAUGAAUUCUUAUUAGUAAAACCUUAGUUAUCUUUUGUCCAAAUUCUCAUUGUGUGACAUGGUGUAAAUGUAACAUUAAGGGUUUCGAUAAGUAAAUGAAGUAGUUAUGAGGCGUCAUAUAUAUAUAAAUUUUACAAGGAAGUGUUUGGGGUCAGGGUGGAUUUUUAAAUGGCGCAACCCUUUCCAGGCUAAUCAUAUUCCGUUCAGAUACGCGCCAUUGUUUUCUACUUAACUGUCAACUCAUACACAAGUAAUAUAUCAACCCCUAACUGACAGAACAAAGAAACUUUUUUUUUUGCUUGCAAUCACUUCAUUCGUAAGAUGUAUCUAUUCAUCAUCAAAUAAAUAAUGGCGUCCGUAUUAAAAUGAGAAAAGAAAUUCGUAAUUUUCGGAUUUUUAACAUAUUUUGUACACAAGUACAGUGGAAAGGAUAAAACAAACCCUCGUCCCUCUUUUUCAAUUACUCUUACUUUCAUUCGAAGACUUAUGUAUUAAAUUAAUUAUUCGCAGAAAAAUAAACAUUGGGCAGUGCUGUUAUAGAAUAGUUAUGUAUAAAAUAUACGAUAUUCGUUAGAUAUUACGAUAAAAUCGAGAAGCGCCGCAUUAUUAAACAAUAAUGUGACUAUUUAAAAACAAGUGAAAAGAUGAGAACGCCCGAGGGUGGUUCCCCUCGGCGUGUUGGCAAGCAUUACCAGAAAGAAUUGGAGUUGCAUUAUCUAGCGCCCGGUGCUUUUACCGUCAUAUCACCAGAUAAAUUGGGACAACCUCCCAAGGAUCUUCCCGAAACUGCCACCACCUUCAGAUUAAGUCCAAAUAAAAAAAGAAGAAAAAAUGCAUCCUUCACAAUCCUUGCAGAACCCGAGAUCAGCCAACCAAACUCUAGAAGUUCUUCACCUUCGGGAAGACUUAGUCCGUUCAAAGGACGAGGCUUUAACCCAACCGGAUCCCGUUUGGCAUCACCAACAGGAUCCCCAGUACCACCUCAAGAUGGCCAGCUUAAGUCGGCACCCCAUUCGCCCAAGCGGUCACAAAUACCAACAUUUCAAAGAAGAGGUAGCUCCGCGGGCGUUGUGUUUGGAGAAAAGGUCUAUCCCGAUCCAAAACCUUUAGCCAAACACAAUGAUCCACAGGGACUCAGCAAAAGUUUAAGCAGCAUUUCGACUAAGCGGGUACAUUAUAAACCACCCCCGGGCCCCAGGAGGACCCAGAAUACUUCUUAUAGGCAGUCUGCCUACACCAGAUUGUCACCAAUAACCGGUAGUUCUCCAGAAACGGUUCCAGAUCUUCCUAAACAAAAUCAGUCGUCUUCCCCGUCGAAAAUACCUCGUUCUAGAAGCACCCCACCUAGUAGAAGCACGUCACCACCUGGAAGCAAGCAACCUUCAAGAAAUGCUUCGAGAAAUGUAUCAAGAAAUCCGUCUAGAAAUCCGAGCAGGGAUCCCAGUCCGGCGUCCAAAAACAUUGUGAAUAAUGUGCCUGUUAGGAACAAUUACAAAAAUGUGAAACCUAAGGUAAACACUUUUAACACUGCUAAACCAAAAGUGCCUUCAAAACCACAAGUGCCUUCCAGCAAAACCAACACUACCGAUCGGCAGAAAAACGACACCAAACCAAAUUAUCUUAGGAACAAUAAAGUCUCUCCAGCGACCAAAACUGAUGUUACUACUAGAAAACCCAUGGCGAGAAAGAAUAGUAAGAACGCAAUAGAACCAUCUUCCAAUGGUAUGAGUAAAACAGCAUCGAAUAAUAGCCAACCAGUUGAACAAGUGAAUGAGAAUAGUCUUUCCAAAAAUGGAAAAGCAACAGCGAUUAAAGAUGAAAAGUCAGAACACGCUAAUGGUGAAGAAGAUGAUGUAGAAUUAACCGAUGUCGACAAUGGACAAAGAACAACAACUAGUACCAUUAGGAACGGUUCCAAGGAAACCCAUUCUAAAGUUGUGGAUGCCCUGGGGAAUAUCAAAAAGGUGGACAUUCUUACUCUUCCUUCCGAUAGCACUCCUCCUCCUUCAGCGGCAGUACCAAGUGUCACCCAAACGGUGACCAAACCCAUAUUAGCUUCUGAUUUAUUGUCAGAAGUAUUACAAGAUUCGGACGGGGAAAUUGGUAAUUAUUUACCUGACGCCAGAAAUUUGAGUUCUUCCAGCGUUUCCACAGCGUUAAAUAGAAUGAACAAUACAGUUCUUGAUUCAAAAACUGUUUUAAAAGAAAGGACUAUAUCCCCGGCUGUGAGGGCAGUGAUGAGAUUCAAAAAGGGGAGCCAGGACAGAUCAAGUUCCGGAGAAAGCAGGUCAGGGAAGUCUACCGAAAAACCCAACACUUCGGAUAGCACUUCCAAAGUAGAAAUAAAGCCAGGAGUAGAAGAACAGAAAACUGUAGUUGCUACUCCAAAAUCAGAAGGUAAUGGAAACAAUAAUGGGGCAGUCCAAAACCAGACCAAUAUUAUUCACCAUAAUGGCACAACAAAUAGUACCAACAACCACAAUAACAAUAAUAACGUAAAAGAUAGUAUGAGUGCUUUCAACAAUAACAAUCAAAGUAAUACUAAUAACCAUAAUAAUAAUAGUUUUCUAAAUCGGAUGGAAAAUGUGACCGGUGGUGGUUUAAUAGCGAAUAGCGAUAAGGACACUAAGCAAUCUAUUGUGAGUGAACGAAAGUUUGGUUCAACUGAGCCGUCAGCUGGUGUGACGGUGAUUAGUGUGGGAAACGAUAAAACAAAAAUGGCUCGCACAGUGGUUGUGACUGACGUUAAACCGAUCCAUAUAACUGUAAGGGAAAAGCCGAGUUCCGAAGUCGAAGGUGGAAAUCUCAUAGUGGCUGACAACACUAGCAAUGGACUUGGAGAAAGAUCAAGCGAUCUCGAAAACGUUGAAGACGCUCUUCCUCAAAACGUUUGCCAACGGUUAUCAUCGUUCUUCAAAAGGAAAAUGACCUGCGCUUGGUGCAAUCGGAACCCAAAGCUGGUGCAGACAGCAAAAGAGAAACUGCCAACUAAAUCGAACAAAGAGGGCAAUGAAAAGAAGACCGUCGGUUGUUGGAAUUGCCGAAGGAAGCUCAAAGUCAAGGAGAAAAAGGAGAAGAUUAAGAAAGACUUGAAUCUGGUCGGUGAAGAUUCUGCAAAGAAGACGUGGUGGUCGAAGCUGAAUUUGUUCAGGAAAGGACGCGUUCUUGAUAAGGUUGGACCUCCAUGGAACCAAAGGAGAAAGGCUUGGAUGGAGAAGAAGUUUGGAAAGAAGAAAAGGGAGGAACAGGUGACAGGGACUCCCAAAAGGCCCCUGUGUGGAGGAAAGAGUUGUAAAGAUGUUCUUAAAAUGAUGUUCUGUCUGUCCGCUUGUACCCGUUGUACGAAGAAGAGAAAAACACAAGAAUUGGAUAUUCGCAGAACUGCAUCGAUAACCAGUAAAAAGAAGAGUUUGACACCAACCCUUCCAGUUGAGGACCCUAAACCGAAACUGGAUCUUUCAUUAGUAGAACAUACUUCUUUAAUGAAAGGGGCCAUUCCAGUUUUACCGAUCCCACUGGCAUGGGUUUGCCUUUUUCUGAACGUUUUUCUACCAGGAGUUGGUACUGUUCUGAGUGGAUUGCUAUGUCUUUGUUUCGGAAUACCACGCUUUUCGCAAAAUGACNUUACGCAAUGA